UAGCGCCCAGCAGAGCUCCCAGCAUGGCGUCAGCUGAAAUCUUCACCCUCUUGAGAGCAGGUCGCUUCAUCUUACCCUUCAGCUCAAAGAUCUUCUGGGACAGAUUUUCAAUCUGCAGGAAACAAUUAAACAUGGUUUCCCUAAAGAUCUGAACAGAAUGAGGAUGCUGCAGACAGCCUCGGCACUCAUCCUGAGAAGAGGAAUCACAACUCAUCAGAGCAGAUUGUGCAAAAAUGACAGCCUCUUCCGAGUUCAUCCAUCUGUAUCACAGGCACUGGCAGAAGACAAACCAGUGGUUGCACUUGAGAGCACAAUCAUCACACAUGGCAUGCCCUAUCCGCACAACCUGAGCACGGCAAAGGAGGUGGAGGCCAUCGUGAGAGCCGAAGGAGCCACUCCUGCUACGGUUGGAGUGAUUGAGGGCGAAGUCCGUGUUGGUCUGUCGUCAAAGGAGCUGGACUUCCUCGCCCGCUGCGAGAACUCCCUAAAAGUGUCCCGUCGUGAUCUGCCCUAUGUCAUCAGCAAAGGGCUGUCCGGGGGGACGACAGUGUCAGCCACUAUGAUAGCAGCACAUCGAGCUGGCGUCCCUGUCUUUGUCACAGGAGGCAUUGGGGGAGUUCACAGAGAUGGAGAGAACAGUCUGGACAUCAGUGCUGAUUUGACAGAGCUCGGCAGGACUCCCAUUGCAGUGGUUUCUGCUGGUGUCAAGUCUAUUCUGGACAUCGGUCGCACUCUCGAGUUUCUUGAGACACAGGGUGUCUGUGUAGCCACUUAUGGGACACUGAAGAACUUCCCAGCCUUCUUCUCUCCCCAAAGUGGAUUCACUUCCCCGUACCAAGUCUGCAACCCUGAGGAGGCUGCGAAACUCAUUGCGAGCACUCUGUCCCUGGGUCUCCAAAGUGGUGUCCUGUUAGCUGUGCCCAUCCCAGAGGAGUAUGCAGCAGCCGGCCAGCAUAUAGAGGAAGCCAUACAGGCUGCAGUAACAGAAGCAAGUGGUAAAGGUAUAACAGGAAGAGAUGUGACGCCAUUCAUUCUUCAAAAGGUCAAUGAAAUGACUAAAGGAAAGUCCCUUCAGGCCAACAUUGCUCUCAUUCAUAACAAUGCUAAAGUUGGCAGUCAGAUAGCCUGCGCUUUGUCAAGAGAAAUAAACGAGAGAAAGUUCAAUGGCAAGACUCGUCAUCGUGGAAAACACUCAGACUCACAGUCAGAUAUUGUUGUCGUGGGAGGAAUAAAUGUUGAUUUUCUUGCUAAAGGAAAAACGAAAUCACUUCUUUUUGGACAGACCAACCCAGGGAGUGUCUGUCAGUCAUUUGGUGGUGUAGGUCGGAACAUUGCUGAUUCUCUCAGUCGAUUAGGCUGUAGUCCCCUGUUCAUCUCCGCUACUGGAGCUGAUUCACACAGUGAUGCAGUGUUAAACUAUUGUAAACAUAUGAACACAAGUGGUGUGGCCAGGCUAGAAGAGCAAAGCACAGCUACUUACUGUGCUGUUAUCACUGAGAGUGGAGAACUGAGUCUUGGGUUGGGAGACAUGGACAUUCAUCAGCAAAUCACAGAGCAAUAUGUGUCACAGUUUGAGAAGCAGCUUUCUUCAGCCACUCUCGUGUGUCUCGAUGGAAACAUUCCCGUCUCCACCAUCAACUAUGUUUGUUCCAUUGCCUCUAAACACAACAUCAACGUUUGGUAUGAGCCCACAGAUUCAGAAAAGGCUUGUAAGCCUUUCCUUUCAGACGCCUGGAAGUCUCUGUCUUAUUCAUCCCCGAACCUGGCAGAGUUGUGCACCAUGAACAAAACUCUUGGUAUCCCAACACCUGAAGUGCUGCCGAGCUCUCUUGACGAGAUGCUGAGUGUUGCUGUGGCUCUCUCACGCCCCCUUCUGGAACAUCUUCACUGUCUGGUGGUGACUCUCGGGGCUAAUGGACUGUUGGUGUGUGGAGAGCAUGACGGAGGCUCGGUCAACCUGCAGCCAAGAAAACAGAAGAGGAGGAGGCAGCUCUGUGCUCUUCACUACCCGGCACUGACUGUGACAGCAGAGGAGACAAUGAAUGUGUCAGGAGCAGGAGAUAGCCUCGCAGGGGCCUUAAUGUCUGGGAUUGUCAAGGGUCGAGACACCGACAGCUGCGUUCGGAUGGGGCUCCUGGCUGCACGGCUGUCCCUGGGGUCCCCGCACCCAAUCGCCCCCACGCUCACCUUAGACUCUGUGGAUCCCAACAAAGUCCAGACUCAUUACUGGCCCAAACCCAGCUUCAUGUGGAUAGAUUGAAAAUAUUUAUAUUUUCAAUUUUGAAACAUUAAUUAAGAAAUAAGGUUUAAAGUUAUGAUUGGAUUCUUGGAACACGAACCUGUGACUGAGUAAAUAAAUGUCAGAUGACACUUUUUACAAAAACCAUUAAUCUAAAACUGUAUUUGAUAUUUUAUAUUGUUCUAUAACAAUUGAUAUUUUGCGAAAAUAAAUAAAUGGACCACUUUUUCCUAAA